AUGUCGGAUCGACUAGCUCAGGCAAAGGUUGUUUGGUGGAAUAGCUCGCUGAUGUACGAUCUCUGUCCCCACUGCGAGACAAUUCAUCGUCACAGGUUUGAUGGCAACUACACUACAAAAAAGCUACGAGUUUCCCGCUGCCACCGAAUUGAUAUUUCUGGCCGUUACGAGAUUCGAUUUCCAUUUAACGAGGUAUCCAAAGAAGCCGACUACGAAAUUGACACAGAGAGGGCCCUCUUCGUUGCAAGUGGAGAAGAUCCCACCGACUAUUUUCUGGAGAUAGAAAGCGACGCCCGUCUGCCACGUAUGAUCAAGGCAAUAAAAUCUCGUCGUAGGUGGUCAGAGGCGAUUGAGGAGGACAAUAAGCUGGUGUGUGAAAAACGUAUGGCUUUCUCACAGAGCAAUUUCAAAAGUAUUCAGGCUUCGCAGCCUCGCAGGCCGGUGGCGGCGCACUUCAUUUCCCCUCUUUUCUAUGA